AUGAUAAAAGCCUCAGAAUUUUUGCUUAGUUAAAAUUAAGCAUUAUUGGCCAAUUUUUCAUAGCUCAAAGCUGAGGAAAAUCAUGCAAAACCAUUGAUCUAAUUUAUGAAGGGUGAUCCCACUGAAUUCGGACAUGAACAAUGCAAAAUGAGUUAAAUAGGUUAUGAUAUUGUUAAAUCUGAGAUAAGUAAAUCUUAAAAUCAUUCCUAUUGUCAUUCAACAGGAACUUAGGUAAUGUUAAUAUUAAAUAUAGCCAGCAAAAUAAGCAGUCGCAAAACAUUUUAGUCAUGGAAAAUAAAUUACAGAAAAUGAUGUAAUUAUAACACAAGGAGUAAAUUAAGGACUAUUUUAUUGUUUGUUGGGAAUAUGUGAUCCUGGUUAAAAUAUUCUUGUUCCUGAAUUAGGGUUUCCUUUUUUUGAUGGAAUCGCCUAAGCAUAUUAAGUUGAGGUAUAAUAGAUGACGUAUUAUUUUAGGUGAGAAAAUAUAAAUUAUAAUCAGACAAUAAAUGGUAAAUUGAUUUUGAAGAUUUAAAGAGUAAAUUAGAUUAGAACACUAAAUUUUUAUAUGUAAUUAAUCCUUCAAAUCCUUGUGGUUCUGUAUUCUCAAAGGAACAUAUUCAGGAAAUAAUUAAUUGGGCAAAUUAAAAUCAUGUUUUGAUAGUUGCUGAUGAAAUUUAUUAUGGUAUGUCUUUUGGGGAGUUUGUUUCAUUUGGAGAAUUGGCAGAUGAAGGACCAAUAAUAUGUUUAGGAGGAAUGGACAAGAUGUUCUUUACUCCUGGAUGGUAAAUAUCAUGGAUGAUAUUUUAUGAUAAAAAUAAUUAUGCAGAUGAGAUAAAAAAAGCAAUGUUUAAUCUUUGUCAAUUAUUAUUACAUGCAAAUGUAUUUGUAAUGAAUUCUCUUCCAUAAAUACUUGAUUAAUUAACAAUCCAUUAUGCUAAAGAUAGAAUGAUUCAUUUCAAAGAAAAUCAUGAUUAUUUGAUUUAAGAACUAAAUUAAAUAAAGGGAUUAAAAUGUAUACCUGCACAAGGAACAUUUUAUUUAGCUGUUCUAAUUGAUUUAGAUGUAUUUUAGGUAAAAAAUGACACAGAAUUUGCUAAAAAAUUACUUAAAGAAUAGAAUAUAAUGUUACUACCAUUGUCUUGGAAUGGCACCGAUAAGUAUUAAGGAUUUAGGUACUUAAUAUUAAUUAUUAUAUAGAAUGCUUACUAUUGCAACUAAGGAAGUUUAUAUAGAAAUGAUUGCAAGAAUGAAAGAGUUUUUAAGUAGAGUGUGA